CCUGGCGGCUGAGGAAGCCCCGGAAAGGGGAGGGUCUUUUCCAGGAGUGUGGCGCGGCCAGCCGGGCGCCUGGGGGGGAGGUAGCGCGGCGUGUGCGCAGAGCCCGGCACCAUGUAUUACAAAUUCAGCGGCUUUAGCCAGAAGCUGGUUGGGGCGGUGGCGUCCGCUGCCUACGUCCCGCAGGGACUCAAACCACUGGUAUCAACAGAAUCACCAGCUCUGAUUUUUGGAACGCCAACUAAACUUGCCUCAGAUUCACCAGCAGCUGUUUCUUAUUUGGGUAAAAACAAGGUGCCAGACCUCCAGAAACUAUUUCAGAAAGCUGAUGGAUUGCCAGUACAUCUGAAACGAGGAGUUCCUGAUCAGCUACUAUAUCGGACCACUAUGGCUCUAACAAUAGGAGGGACCAUCUAUUGUCUCAUAGCUCUCUACAUGGCUUCACAACCAAAAUCCAAGAAGUGAAUGAAGCCUAACUUACGGGACUGCCAGCAUGCCUCUGAAGGAACAGUUAUCUUACCCCUUUGAAUUUACUAGUUAACACCACUUUGAAUUUACUACUUAACCCUGUGAUUAUAUGUUGUGAAUUCUUCAAAUAAAGGCAUUAAGAAAACGGUUGCCUUCUGAUACAUUGGAAAGCAAGAUAAAUAUCCAUUUUAAAAAUCAUUCAACCUCGCUUGUCCAGGUCUCCAGUUUCUCUUUCCCAUUUCUAAUGUAAACUGGACACACAGUUGUCUUAAAACAGCCUCUGAGCACUUUAAGGUGGUAAAACUUGCACCCUACCUUUCAACAAUGUUAAAUUGGAAACGAAAACUUAAUUGUCAAGUUAUACCUUAAUACCUACUUUCUCUGAAGGGAAGGAGAAAGAGAGAAUUUUAGGGUACUAUGGGUUUAUGGAAGCAAUAAGUGAUUUAUGUAACUUUCUACUUGAUGUCAAAAAUAUUUUUUUCUUGUCAUGCAUGUUCACUUUAGAAGGUAUAGUAUGAAAUACUUCCAAAGACUGAUAGUGUUAACGACGGAAACAUGGUUACUUAAAUUUGUACCAUUAGUGAAUAGUAUGACAGGGUUAUGGUGUCCAAAUCUAAUGUCACAUAUUUAUUCCUCAAUAUGAACACAGCUGCUGGUAGCAGUGUUGCACUUAGGCAGUGUUCUUUAUUGUAACACCACCUAUACAACUUUGUCCUUUUCUUUUUGUCAAAUUAUAUUUUUAAAGUACUGUUUUUACUGUGGAAUAAAUACACCAAUACACAAA